AUGACCUGCACUCUCCCCCCAGACCAUUUGCCAGAUUACCAGACGGGACAGAAUGCAUGUUACUGGGCGAAUGAAGUAUUCGAGCCUUGCUUCGGCGGCUGCGCAGAGGUGUCGUGCGACAACCCGCGAAACCAUUUAAGGCCCUGCUAUCCUUACUGCGAGGCAGGGUGCAUUUGUGAAGAGCCAUAUGUACGGGACGACAGGACACAUCAGUGUGUACUGCCACAGGACUGCUCGCCGACUCAAAUGGGUAUACCAGUGCCUAACAAAAGGUUCGAAAAGCCUUUACCGUUGAAAUACGCUGGCAGAUCAGCGCGAGGCCACAGCAAACGAGAUGAGCAACUGAUGGACUUCAUCGAGAAUGAGCCUCCUCCUAACCACGUAGAAGACUUUAAGAGACCUUCCGAAGUCUCAAGAAUGGGCAACUACUUCAAUAUAGUGAUUGCACCGCCGCCUAUCAAAGCAUUGCAACCAAGGAAAAUGUUGGCAAAUGAAUUAAUCCCAGGGUCAUACAGAUCGGCUUCCAAAAGAAUAUAA